UCCAACUUCUAAGGCAGGUUUUGUUUUAAUCUUGUGUGUAAACAAAUUUUGUUCAGUAUUCGUUAUAAAUUUAAUAUUUUAACCGUUAUUUUUAUUUCAACGAUUUCUAAAUCAAAAUAAAAAUUAUUGAUAUUCAUUGUAUAAUAUUUAAGAGCUGGUAUUAUAUAUACUGUUUUCGUUUCCAGUAAACAGUUAUCUUACUUUUGCAGUUUUUCAAUAAACAGUCGAGGAUUAACAAUGUUUUUCAUCUCGUCGACAGAAAAAUAAUCCCAUUUCUUAUCUCAAAUUAUGUAGACGACAGAAUUUGGCGGUUCGACGAUCGUAAUUAGUUGCAAACAUAUUUUUCCCGUCGACAUUCGUCCGCCAGUUUGACGAAGUCUUUGAAUGUUGAUUGGACUGCAGUGGAGUAGACUGUUGAUGCACCAAAUAGAACUUCGUAGCUAAAGAAAAGGUGCCAUAUUUCUAAAAUGGAUCAAAUGUUACCAAGCCCGGGGUUCAGUAUUCCUAGUAUUGGAACCCCAGUACACCAACCAGAAGAAGAUCAACAGAUUAUGCAAAUGCCACCGUUACAACCACAAGGUUUAUCUAUGAGUACUAGUAGUUUACCAACUCAACAGUCAAUUAAUAAAAUAUAUCAAACGAACAACAUGGGCUAUGCUACUCCACACAGCAUGAUGCAUUCACAAACGCCUGUACAUCAAAGUAUGCCAUCAUUAACAUCCAUCAGUUCAUCAUCAUCAACUAUACCAGCGCUACAAACUAUUCAAAACCCAGCAACACCUGCCCCAAUGACACCUAUGACACCAGCUUCUGCUGAUCCUGGUGUUGUACCUCAACUCCAGAAUAUAGUAUCCACGGUCAAUCUUGGAUGUCGGCUUGACCUAAAAACCAUAGCAUUACAUGCACGUAAUGCUGAAUUUAAUCCAAAACGAUUUGCUGCUGUUAUAAUGAGAAUACGUGAACCACGUACUACAGCUUUAAUCUUUAGUUCUGGUAAAAUGGUAUGUACUGGUGCAAAAAGUGAAGAAGAUUCUAGACUGGCGGCAAGGAAAUAUGCUAGGAUCAUUCAAAAGCUCAGCUUUCCAGCAAAGUUUUUAGACUUUAAAAUUCAAAACAUGGUUGGCAGCUGUGACGUGAAGUUUCCUAUACGUCUUGAAGGAUUAGUACUCACUCAUGGCCAGUUUAGCAGUUAUGAACCAGAACUGUUUCCUGGACUUAUUUACAGAAUGGUUAAACCACGUAUUGUGUUACUCAUUUUUGUGUCUGGAAAAGUUGUACUGACAGGUGCCAAAGUACGUCAAGAAAUUUAUGAUGCUUAUGAUAAUAUUUAUCCAAUACUGAAAAGCUUUAAAAAAAAUUAAAAUAUUAUGUAAACAAAGUUUUAUUAAAAUGUAUGUAUUAUUAUAAAUGUUAAAUAAUUCCAUUUCAAUUAUUUUAAAAUUAAAUUGUUUCAUUGUAUUUUUCUUGUAAAUUAUAAUUUAUAAUAAAUGAUAAUGAGUAGAAGCAAAAUUGAGUGAAACCUCACAGUGCCACUAAAUAUAUAAGUAUUCAUUUAUAUUCAUCAAAUUUACUAUACAUUCAACCUUUAACUUCUUCUUAUAAAAAACUGUAACUUUUCUUUAAACAUAAUAAUUGUACACAAAUAAAAUGUAAUAUCCAUAGAAAUUAAAUUACAGUGUUUAUUUAA